UCUCAAAUUAAUGUCCGAGGAGUGUAUAUGUAUAUGAACUUCAUUCAAUGAAGUGCGCGACGUGCAUACGUGUGUGCAGCUAUGUAUUCUACGCGGACACACAAUGCAUCAUAGUAUGGAUUGCAGCCAGUGCACCGCAAUUGCGUAUACUUUAAUGACAGACAGUCGCGCGCCAGCAGUGUAUAGUAGUAGAGCGGUAGGCAGCUAUAACAGCAUCAACAUUAAAAUGAGACAGACCCGCCGACUGAAUUUAUCUUAUCAAUCAUAAUCUUCAUUAUCUUGUUUAGUGAUGGUCGCCUCGUCAGAUAUCAAUUGAACUCACACCUCCACGAUAUACGCUUUGCUUCGACCAGUAAAAUUUAUUUUUUUUAACGUUUUCUUAACAAACGAGUUAUUUUUUUAUAUACAUAAAAAAAACGAUUGUAUAAUCUACACCGAAUCAAUGGUUCACAAAGUCCUUGUGCCCGAGGCCGAUUACACUUUGUUAGCUGGAAAGCACAAAUUUUCCUGCUGCAACAUUGUUGUUGUUUGUUUAAUAUUUUUCCUUGGGUUUACUUCUAUUGGGCUUUUGGCUUACAAUUUUUUCAAAACUGCUAUUGCAGAGGAAAAAUUAGUUAAUCAUGUCAAAGUUCCAUCUUGGAUGCAUUGGCUAUGGAAUUAUAAUGUUACAAAUUCUAGUACUUUUACAUCUACCAUAAAACCAAUCGAAGAACACUUUGUUGUUUGCUAUUAUACCAGUAAUAAAGAAUCUGGACAACUAGAACUAAAUAAUAUUGAUCCUAAUCUCUGUACCCACAUUAUUAUAGGAUUUGCCUCAGUUGUUAAUUGUACUAUUGUUUUGAACAAUGAGGUGUCAAUUCAUCAACAAGUAAUAGAAUUGAAGAAAAUUCAACCUAAAUUAAAAGUAAUGGUUAGUGUAGGAGGAUCUGACAAUGACUCUGACUUCCCCAAGAUGGUGCUUAAUCAUACCAACAGAAAAACGUUUAUUAGGUCAGUUUUGAAUAUGACUAAAACCUUCAAAUUAGAUGGGUUGGAUUUAGAUUGGGAAUUUCCAGCUUGGGCAAACAAAGCUGAUCAUCAGAAGCUUCAUUUUCUACAGCUGGUUUAUGAAUUAAGAAAAGAUUUCAACCGUAGUGGAGAACAAUUACUACUCUCUGCUGCAGUAGCAGCACCUCAAGCUAUAAUUGACCAAAGCUAUCAGAUGCCAGAAUUGGGACAGCAUAUUGACUUCGUAAAUUUGAUGUCUUAUGACUACCAUUUUUAUGUGUGGUAUUAUCCAGUGACCGAUUUGAAUUCGCCAUUAUAUCCGCGAUCUUUGGAAACCGGCUACCUGACGUCUUUGAAUGUAAACUUUUCAGCAAAUUAUUGGGUAUUCAAAGGAAUGCCAAGAGAAAAGAUCGUUAUUGGAAUUCCACUUUAUGGACAUUCUUACAAAUUAUAUAAUCCGUCUAAUCAUAAGUUGCAAGCACCUGCGAGUGGUUUUGGUGAUACAGGGCAACAGGGAUUUGUAAAAUAUCCAGAUAUAUGCAAAUUCUUGAAAAAUGGAGCUGUAAAAGUCUCUGUAAAUGAUAGUCAUGUACCAUAUGCUUAUAAAAAUAACGAAUGGAUUUCAUAUGAUGAUGUAUCUAGUGUUACUUAUAAGGCAAAGUGGAUCAGAGACAAUGGCUUUAAAGGUGCUAUGGUAUUUUCUUUGAAUACUGAUGAUUGGAACUCAACGUGCACACCAAAUCACAAAUUUCCUUUGACAACUGCUGUCAAAAAAGUUUUCAUGUCAAAACCAAAAAAAUUGUAAUGUUUUUUGUAUUUUUUUUAAAGACUGGUACUGUAAGUUGUAAAUAAAGUAUUUAUAAAUUACAAAUUGGUUUUAAAUGAAAAUAAGCAAAGUAAAGCACAAAAAGCAGCUUAGUUAACUGAUUAUUUAUUUACUAUUCAUUUCUUGCAUGUAA